AGCAACAGCAGAGGAUGAGAGGAGGCAGCACCGCCGCCCGACGCCGUACGCCUGGCCCCGCAGCCGUCGGCUCGCCGGUGCACUCGUCCGCCGCCACUCGCCCUCCACCCUCACCGUGGUGGCAGGCUAGAUGCAGCUCAACAACUAAGGCGAGAGAUCCCGUUUCCUUUCAACAGAUUGGUUUCGAGGGAGGUCGGUUGAAUUUUCUCAGGUUUCAGUUAUGGCUCAUUCGGAGAGAAAAAAGUAUCCACUCCAUCAAUAUCACGAUACAAAUAUCGUAUUCGAACCGUAUAUAUACCCUUUAGCUUCUUUGAGAACUAAAUAUGCGCUUUGGGGCUCCUUUGGACACAAAGAAAUUUCUGCAGACUGAAACUGUAGUAGGACUUGGUCAGUGCAUGCCAAGUCUCUCCUUGACAGAUACGCUAUGCUCCGAACUGCUGUUCAAGUUCGGGCUAGUUGAAUACUAGGUUCAGAUGAUAAUGAAGUGUUGGCAGCAAAGAACCAAGGGUUGGUUCUCAGUCAAGUCUGUUUGAUUGAUGCAGCGAAAAAUAUGUGGUGAUGCUUCAGCAACAACGACCGGACAGUUGGUUCUCAGUCAAGUCUGUCUCAUAGAAAGAUACAUGGUGAUGGUCCGCCAACAAAGAUCCAAGAGUUAGUCAGAUCUGUGUGGCGAUGGCUCGUCAACAAUGGCCCAAGAGAUCUAGUGUUGUACCUGCCAUUAGGAACCAGUCAUGUCUAUGUGAUAAAGCAACAAAAGUUGCAACCCGAUACAACGGAUGGGGUGCAUGGAAUCGAUCCAAUUCUAGUGAGUGGAGCACUGGCCAUUUUCUGUGGUAAAACGUUUUACUAUUGACCAGCAAGGUUGACUUUGCUAACCAGUGUUCAUUCCUGAGGAUACAAGUCCCCCUAGUCCCAAAUCGAUCCCUCCUUUUUUGACCAGGAACCAUGACUUUGAUAACCAACAAUGACCAUGGAGGCAGGGGCAGAGCAUAAAAGGAGUUUGCAGAGACAUGAACUAUUCAACUUCCAAGCUCAGCGUUCAUUCCCGAGGUACAAGCCCCCCUAGUCCCCGCAAAUGGAGAUUUUCAUUUCUGCGUUGAUGGGUGAACUCAUAUCAAGAUCCAUGAGUUCCAUCAUCAACAAAUACUCCAAGCCACCGGCGGAGGCCGUGGAGGCUGGCUUAGAGAGGAUUCUACUCGGGGGGCAGGUCAUCAUCGACGAGGCCAUGGGGCGGCACAUCACAAACCAUGGAAUGCUCCAGCAGCUUAGCAUGCUGAGGUAUGCCAUGUACCAAGGCUACUAUGUGCUCGACACCUUCAGAUGCCAAGCAUACCAAGAAGAGGAGAAUAUUCAGGCUGUGAGUCAAUCUGGGGUCGUGUCCAAAUUUCGUUAUGCACAAUGGCUCUGUCUCUCCAGCGGCAACAGCAAGAAAACAUCAGAAGCGCUUGAAGAGGCCCUCGACGGUUUGAGAUCCAUGAUUCUUGAUGCCAGUGAGAUGGUGAGGUUCCUGACAACAUAUCCUCGCUUGCAUCGUCAGCCUUACAGCAUGCAUCUCUUGCUGGACAAGUGCAUGUUUGCCCGCCAGAGGGAGACAGAAGUAGUUAUGAACUUCCUUCUGUGCACACAAUCUUGCACUGGUAGCUUCGAUGUGCUCCCAAUUGUUGGUCCAGAGAAUGUUGGAAAGAGCACUCUUGUCGGUCAUAUCUGCGAAGACGAAAGAGUACAUGAUCGUUUCCCCCAGAUUAUUUUUUUCAGGCAUGAUAAUUUCAGAGCUGAAGACGUAGCCGCUUUGAGAGGCAGAUGAGCAGCAAGAUAUGAGAAUAAUGAGAGAUUGCUGAUCAUCAUCGACAUAGUUGGGGAUCUUGAUGAAGAUCUGUGGGAAAACCUGUGCUCUCUUUGCCGACAGAGCACUACAGGUGGUAGUAAAAUCAUUAUCACAAGCCGGUCUGACAAGAUCACAAAGCUUGGAACAACACAGACUCUAGUACUGAAGCAUCUGUCUGAUGAGGCAUUCUGGUAUUUUUUCAAGGUGAUUACAUUUGGAAGUACAGAUCCCAAGAUGCACCCGAGGCUUGUGUAUUUGGCAAUGGAGAUAGCAAAAUUGAUGUAUAAUCUCGCUGAAGCAAGCAUCACUGCAUGUGUAUUGAGAGCCAAUUUUAACAUCGAUUUCUGGUGCAAGGUUCUGGCAUUCCGACGAGGGUGCAUGCAGAAGCAGCUCUGUAAGUUUGGGGUGCAUCCGUGUGAACUUCUCAGUGGGAAUAAACCUGUGUAUCUUCAACGAAUGGGUAGAACUACUGAAGAUGUUCUUGUUCUUGGUACUAAUCAGACAUGCUGUUCUGAAGAGGAAGUUCCCAAGAUAAUGGCCGUAGAUGUUUUGUGUGGAAUCGCCAGGCCUCAAGGGGGGACAUUUAAGGUCCUUCUAUGGAAGUCUCGGAUACCGCCCUACCAUACCUACAUCCAAACUUAUGAGAUUCGAGAGCUGCAAGCUAGAGCGGUGAAGAGGAAGCGCCCUCUGAUGAAUGGUAUUAGACAUGUUUAGUUUUGCUCAUGUAAGUCGUCUAUACUCUUGUGCUGCUAUUUUCUGCUAUGUUGUAUAACUGAAAAAUAAGGUAUGCUAUCGAGACAUACAUUUCUUUUAUUAUGCCCCUUGGCCAAGUUUCUUCA